AUGGGAAAGCGCACAAAGAAGGUUGGAAUCGUAGGAAAAUACGCAACAAGGUACGGUGCUUCUCUCAGAAAGAUGGUCAAAAAGAUUGAAAUAUCUCAACACGAUACUUAUGAGUGUGCUUUUUGUGGGAAAAAGACUGUGAAGAGAACAUGCGUCGGAAUCUGGAAAUGCAAGCACUGCUGCAAGACCAUUGCUGGAGGAGCUUGGGCACCAACAACUGGAGCUGCUCUUACAGCACGUCACAACAUUCAAAGGUUGCGCAAGUUAAUGCAGACUGGAGCUUCCCAAACUACAGAAGCCACACCACAAACCCAACCACAAGCACCAGCUAAAAAGUAA